AUGAGACCUGGCUUGCAGUCAGUCUUCCAGUUCAUCAAUAAGAUGUUGGAUGGGGUUGAGUUCAAGGCUGCUGAAAGAUUCAUUCCUGAAAUGGUUGAAAACAAUUCAGAGACUGAGAACUAUAAUUUGUACAGGUUUCUGUGCCCUCAUGCUGGUCAGUUUCGAUGCAGAAUCACCAACCUUGUGUUUGAGAUGGAGGGGAAAGGGGAAGUGCAGUACAGAAUAGACUCUUGGGAUACCCGUUUGUUGGAUGGUUUAGGCCAGGUGCAGCCUGCUGGACCUCUGUACAGUAUUGACUGCUUUGAAGAGGAAAACCAGCUUGUUGUGGCACAUUCCACUGGUGAUAAUACGGAGAUCAUACAGCCACUGAACGUGACCAACACACAUGUUACUAUUAGCAUCCAAGGCCUUUCCCUCUUUGGCCUUCUAAAGAAAAUGAUAUUAUAUUUCAGUCCCAUAAACGCCCAAGUCUUGCUCUUCUAUAAAGAAAUGAUGGACAAGCAAAAGAGGAAAAAACUAAACAUUCAUUUACUGCCAGGGAAUGUUCCGGUUAAAGAGGUGGAGGGGAAGCAAAAGGGUAGCACAUACUUUGAGACCAGCUCCAUAUGCCAACUCAUCCCUGGAAGUAGAUACAGACCAUUCUGCGACCCCUAUGUUUCUGAACCAAAGGUUGCCACAUUUGAGCGUGACUAUGGCCCAAACUAUCACCCCACUUUUGUGGUGUUUCUUCCGGCUCAGGAGGUUACAGUGAGUCUUUUAGAUGAAGAUGGCAUGGAGGCGUGGGAACCACAUCAGGUUCUUCUAACAACUGAAAAACCUGGUAACACUACAAAGACAAGCCCAUUUACAAUAGAAGCAGGAGCUGAAUUUGUGGAUGAACACAGAAAAGAGCUCGUUCAGAGAGUUUCCUCAGUGAUGGAGAUAGUGGACUGUUUACUUAGUAAAAACAUGAUCACUGCUGAAAUGUACAGCACCAUACAAGCUGCAACACCAUCUCAGAAACAAAUGAGGAUCCUGUAUGGAGCUCUUGACUCGGGAGGAACAGCUGUGAAAGCAGAAUUCUAUAAAGUUCUUAAAAAGAAACAAUGUUUCUUAGUGGACGAACUGGAGGCUGGAGCCAGCAGGGCUUAG